AUGUUCGGGGUUUCGAAUCUUUAUUUCAAAGUACUGGGAUUUCACUCCCUGACUGUAAAUAACUACGUCUUAGUUGGCAGUGAAUAUCAGGUGAUACACGUUGAUGACUGGUUCGGCUGCAUUCUGAGUUGUCAUGACGAUCUACGGUGCAUUUCGUACAACUACAACACAUCUAGUAGACUGUGUGAACUAAACUACUGCAGUGGCCUACAAGACUUAUGCGACAGAGAUAACUUGCUUAUUUACUCGACCGGCUGUGUAUUUCAGAAGAUACGGGACUGUGAGGUAAGUCAACAAUUUGUACCCGGAACUUCAAGAUCUUUCACAAAUUUUAACGUGAAAGUGAAAAAUAAAUUUUCCUUCUUGGUCAUCAGCUUUAAAAGGUUGAUGAAUAAGAAAACGGCCCGCAAUCAGGUAAUUGUUUGAUAUUUCUUGCAAAAGUGCACUAUUUACCGAAAGUCCUUUAAGUGAAUAACAUUUAACACAGCCAGUACGUGCGCUGCAUGUAAUUCAAAGUACUUAUUAUUUUAUUACUGAUUUCCUUUCGUAACUUAAGCAAAAUCAUUAAUUCUAAUAAUACAAAAACGUGUUCUUCUAUAAAAACCUCUAGUUUUUCGGUUACCCCAGAAUUUAGACUAACUUAAGUCUAAUCUUUUCGCUUCCAGUGUCAUAAAUUUAUCAUUCCUGUCAGUAAAACACCUCGGGUGCUUUCUUUUUCUUUUUAAAACCGCUUUUUAACACCUGUUCAUUAGGUAUAUUUUUUAAAAUUCGCAUAAUUAUUGGUACUGUAGAUGCGAAGUAAAUAUUGUCAAAAUACACUCUCCACAGACGAUCUUUUAUAUCAGUUUUGUUCGGCACGUCUACCAUUAUCCUGUUUUUCGAAUCCGUGUGCAAGCAAAACUUUUCCGGUUUCUUUACGUAGAAUCUGCUGACAGAAUUAUGAACUAAAACUUUUCUCCCCUGAAUAUUGAACCGCAUCUUGUUAAAUUGAUCGGACAGAGGCAACCAAUUUGAAUUUUUUUAAAACUCUAUUCAAGACUUAAGGUAAUAAUGAAACGUGUCAGCGGAGUAUUGUGAUAACUUAUAAAUGUAAUCAAAUAUCUUUUUUGACUGCCUCUAUUCUUUACUAGAACGACCGAUCCAGCAGUAACACUUCUAGAAUCCAGGAAUCUGGCAAAUCAGGUAAACGUCUGCAUCGCCGAGUUAAACAGAAACUAAAACAACAGACUCGUAAGGGAGAAACAAUUCAAAUAACAGUUGUUCACAAACAAACUAUCUUUAAAAUUUAUGAAAACAAAGAAAGAAAGGGGCUCGUUAUUUCAGGGUGACUUCCUAAAUCCACUGGGAUCGUCGGUCAGGACAGGUUCAUUAGCUCUGGGAACUGACGGGCUCGCUAGGUGUUUUAUGGUCUCAGCCACAUCUAAUAACUGCGCGUUUCAAUGCGUUUCUGCUGUUGCCACAACGAAAACUACUGGGUUACCAAUACAUACGCUACCCCUAUAAACAGUCAAAAUCAAAACUGAGUCAAUCCGAUAAAUAUAAUCCUCUGUUUCCCAGUCGUCUUGGUCUUGUUGGUCUGCAUCAAUGUGUGAGCUUUUAGUUGGAGCUUUUUUGAAUAUCAAAAUCCUUGAUGGUGUCCUCUGUAAUGAUUAUUUUGUAUUAAAAUUUUCUCCUAUUAGAAGUGCGUCAAAAAAGGAUGUUUUUUCAAUCUGUAUUGACGGGUUAUCACUGAAUAAGGGACCUGCUAACUGACUACCUAUUACAGCUUGACUUCACCCUUUAAGCCCUAUCGGGCUUAAAGCAACCAUUAGGACGUUUCACGUCGUAGUCGUGAUCCGACAACAAAAAAGGGGACAAAAAGACCUGUGAUGCAAAUGCAAAGUUGCUGUUUUGCUAAUCUAAACUUAUGGGUUUUUUUGCCGUCCCUGUUGAAGCCGCCGUUAUCGUCCCUCACCCUCCCCAUAAAUAACAGAGCGGUGCUCCCGGCAUCAUGGGCCCUUGUUGUUCGCUGGAGAGAGUACAUAAUUUUCAUCUUCCAUAACUAAAAGGUAGAAUUUCAUUUUAGCACCCGCAGGUUUCCCUCAAAAUGUGCGAGAAAUCAACAAGACUUCCAGAAGCAUUUUUAUCGCUUGGGAUGCAGUCCUAACCAACAGCAGCAAGCAACAGAACUACAAAGUGGCCUACAUCCGGUUUAAAAGGAUAACAGGAGCUGCUAUAAAAACGAUUCAGGUUUCCACUGUGUAUGCCAAUUUAACUGGCCUACUGCAUAACACUAGAUACAACAUUACAGUACUUGCGUACAACGAGUAUGGAGAUGGGCCCAGCAGCGAGGUUGUAGUCUUAAAAACAGAUCAAGGCAGUAAGAUCAGUUCGUUGUGUUUACUAUUUUAGCAAAGCGGGUUCCCAAGGGUGUUGUUUAUUAUGUCUGCCCAAAUAUAGUGACAGUCACAAACAAGAUUCUUAAGCAAUUAACAAUCCCUUUGCUUUGAAGAUAGUGACGUUGUACCUGUUUCUAUAACCGAAAAUUCCCAAAUCUGAUUGGCUAUCAACUGCCCUGAUUUCAGCCUUAGUAGGACCGUUUAGUUGGACAGUACGCGCAAUCACGCGCGCGCUUAAAUGGCUUUUUUUUUUUUCACUGCUAGCAAAAAAAAAUUGGAAUUUCUUGUCUUUUGAUUUAAAAAAAGAGCCUUUUAUAUAACAAAUUUUGUUAAAGUUUUGAUUAAUUGGUAACAGAACUUCGUGUCGUCCAAUUCGGUCUGCAAUCAUACUAGUGAUUAAACAAAUCGGACCCCGCUACAAGGUCGUCCGAUUUUGUUAAUCAAUAGUAUGAUUACAGAACGAAUUGGACUCCACUCAGCCCUGUUACCAUUACUAAUUGAGUCUCAACAAAGUCCGAGGUCAUUGCCAGAUUUUAAUUUACAGAUCACAGUCACUAGCUGGUAAAGGCUGGUAAAAGAAUCUAGAGAUUUAGACAAAACCUUUGCAUAAGGACUGGGAAAUUGUUUGUUGUUAAAAACAUGUUAGCUAUAUAUUUCACCAUAAAACUGACAUCCCGUGCACCUCAAGCCCCGUGCAAACGGACGCAACAUUGUUGGCCAACAACUCCCAUCAUUGUUGGAUGUUACAUGCGCAAAGUUGGAAACCGGUCAAACUUUUCAGCCAACAACUCCCAAUAUUUCUUUUGUUCCGUGAUCGCCGAAGCGUGUUGCAACAAUGUUGGAUCCGUUUGCACAACUCUUCCAAAAUUGUUGGGGCCGCGCACGCGCAUUAUGCAGGGUUUACAAAGACUUAUGGGUUGUAUCCUUCCCACGAUGCACUGCAGGUCCCAACAUUGUUGGGAGUUUUUGCAUCAGUUUGCACACCACUGCCAACACGCACACAACAACUCCCAACAUUGUUGGUGCAACAAUGUUCGGAGUCGUUGCGUCCGUUUGCACGCAGUCUCAGACUUGUGCGUUUCAGCACAUCCAUCCUAUUAAAUACCCUUUCCGCUUAAGAGCCACCCCCCACUUAAAAGCUCCCCAUCCUCCCUUUAUGGGCCCAUCUACCUGUAAAGAAAAACUACAUCUGGUUAUAAGCGCCCUCUAGCUUGUAUUACAUUGCAUUGCAUUCCAUCUGUGUAGUCGAGCUUGCUCAGCAGCGAGACUCUUAACAUGCCAGCGUUUUUUUUUCUCCUGUGUGCUGGCCAAAAAGAGGUCCCAGGUGUUCCUAGCGGAGACCGUGGAAACUGGGGAUAUACUCAGAGCGCCAUGCAUGUUUUGUGAUGAAAGCCUAGGAAAGAUUUAUGCGAAAGAUGUCGAGCUUUUUCGGAACUGGUCUGUCCGUGAAUUCUGUAGCUUAAAAACGUUGACUACUUUAAAACAAGUGAAUAACCCCUUCUAAAACCCCUUACGAAGCUAUAUAACCCCAGGACUUGUAAGUGGAAGUCUACGGUAUUUUUGCCCACAUGUGACUUAUGUAAGAUCACAGGUGCUGUUCUCUCAGUCAAAAGAAAAUAGUCCUAAGUGUAUGCCUUACGUAUCAUUUUUUAGAACCUGUAGCUCCUCCAGCAAAUGUCACCCUAUUCAACAUGACUUCCACCAGCAUUCUGGUCACGUGGGAUGAGGUACCUUAUGGUAAGAGGAAGGGUCAAAUACGGCAAUACAAAGUGAUAUACAAGGCUGAAAACGAGAAUAGUAAGAGCAUAGAAGUCAACAGAUCAACGCACGCUCUGAAAAUAAUCAACCUAAAACAGAACACCAAAUACAACAUCACAGUAUCAUCCGCUACUGUGAAGGGGUAUGGACCAUCUAGUGAGCCUAUAUCGAUAUUUACAGGCCAAGACAGUGAGUAUAUACUCUUGUACUUUAGAAAAUAUAUGCUUCUUUUAUCAGGUUUUAACAAGUUUUCCCUGGUGAUUUUUCGAAUUUUUUUAAUGAAUAAAGGGGGCGAUGUUUAAAAUUAUCUAAAAUUGGAAAUAUUGGAUUAGGGGUUGUUGAAAUUUAUAAAAUGAAGGGCAUUUAAAAGACAAAUACCAAAUAGACCAUAUCAUAGAGACUUUUGUUCUUGGGCCAUUGUAGUUUGAUCAUAACACUAAGUGGGAUCAUUUUGAAAUUUUAGCACCUGGCAAAACAGAUUAUCAUUGUAAGAUAAAAGAAACAUUGUUUAUAUAAGACCUUAAGCAAGCUUUUAAAACGUCAACAUCAGCAGUGAAAAGCUGAUGCGUUAUUAGCUGUUGCCUUUUGUAUUCAUUCCUGUCAAGAAUUUUUUAUUCUUAAUCUCAUUUCCAGACAACUUAUAAAUUUUUGUAUACAUAGUCUCGUCAUUAUCUUUAACGGUCACUUUCGAUCUCUUUUAAAAAUGUACGCUGAUUAGCAUACGAAACGUCAAGUUUAUAAACAUGCGAAAGCUCAAAACGUUUAUUACCGCUGUUUGUGUUUUAUUUUAAUUUUUAUGUUUUCAGAUAGACCAUCACCACAACAAGGUGUCUCUGAGUCUAUUAGCGGGCUUACUGGCUAAUUUGUAUACCUUUUUCUAUCCUUUCGUUCUCAAAUCAACCACAUUUCCCCCAUAAAAAUAACCAGAAUGCCCCCUUAGUGUUGUAAAUUCUCUACUACAGGUCCCAGUCCACCGUUCGGUUUUCGGGCAGUCGUCAAAACUACAACUAGCAUCACGUUACAGUGGCAUCAUCAACAAAAUUCUGCCAUCACAGGGUAUACAGUAAAUUAUCGUCCAGCCUCAAGUGCCGAAGAAAACCAACAGAGUACAGUUCACGGAAUUCAUGAUAAGGAGGAAAUUACCAUAACGGGACUGUUAAUAAACGUGACCUACAUCAUAACAAUACAAGCCUCUGAUAAGAAUGGAACAGGGCCGGCAAGUUCUCCUAUCAUUGUUACCACGAGCGAUGGAAGUAAGUUUUCCCAAUAUCUUACGAAUUUUGAUUAAAAUAAAUUUAAUUUGCUCUCUAUCUAUUUUUACAGGUAGUUUCCAUUGCCCUGCGGGCAGUCAGAGGUACUUCAAAGAUCCAGACAGUUGUUUUAGUUACUAUGAGUGCAUUGAUAGACAAGUCCAUCACCAGCCUUGCCCCCAUGGUACUGAAUAUUCAGUUAAUUUAAGCCCGGUAUGCGACCAUCCCGAUAGAGCCUCCUGUAGCGUAUAAUGACAUCGCAUAAACAAUGCUAUAGUGUUUUCAACGCCUAAAUGAAAGCCUUGACUCUGUCGGCUUUAAUUGAGGGUGAAGCCAAACCGAGUCAAAAGAGCUUCCUUGCGACUUGGUAGAAACUGAGCACGUAGAAAGCAGUUGAUUUGAAGACGUAUUUCAGUCUUCCAAAAGUCUGUUUAAUUCAGUAUUUUUAGAGCAAGAGGCAAAAUCGUUCUUUGCUUGUGUAACCAAUAUCUCCUUACCUCUAGCGAAAACUUGAGUUCCCUCCCCCUAAUUAAAUCGCAGAUCCGCUCCCGCGUUAUACAGACUACCAUGAUUUUCAUGACAUAAAUUAUAAAUCCUGCUAGGGUACAGAAUUACUUAUUAAAAUUGACACAAAGCAGAAACUUACUUUUGAAAGCCAGAGACUGCGCAGAGGCUCCCACGAAUGUAAAUAGCCAGAAUAAUUUGUUAAAAAUUUAUAAAGUGGACCCGUGCGGGACGAUGGGAAGAAGAAAAACAGGAGUGUCUUUCAUUUCCUUCCCCUUUCCAUCACCUCCCGAGCAGUUGCUUUUCUUCUGUCUGCAGCCUCCCAGCUGCGCAAAGGAGUCCUCGGCGUCACAAAACGUUCUCCCACAAAGCGUUGCGCAAAUAGGAAAAUAAUUGAGAGCCAGGUCUUAUUCAAUUCGACGAAAUUUUAGCGAUAACAUUAAAAAUUUAGAGCUAAAGCGCAAAGGACAUAAGUACUGUACUGCAUAAUAAAUUUGUACUUUUUGAAUAAUAAGUAAGUUUGAUCUGAUAAUCGCCGAAUAAAAAAAGCUUGCCAGUGGUUAGUUAACCUGUUCAUACCAUAAAUGUGUAAAUGAAUGUGUAGUUCUCUUUCCAGGUUAAGUUGAGAAGGCACUCACUAAUAAGCGGCCACUAGCGACAUAUAGAUACUGAUGUGAGCUUUCCCAUUUGCGCUAAACAGCAGAUUUAGGACGGAAAAAUCUCACCCUACUAAUCAAAGUUCGUUUUAUCAUAAUGUAGUUCUCCUUGCCUGAUGAUUUAACCGUGGAUAAAUAAAGUUAUUAUUGUUGUUGUUGUUGUUGUUGUUGUUUCUGCUGCUGUAACGGCUUUCAUUUCCAAUUUGUAGGAGUACACAGAAAUUAAUAACCUAGUCUAAGGGUCUCCCUAUGGUGGAGCUGGUGAAGUCUAUCCAUAACUUUCGGUCUGAGGUUUCCAAAAGGUAUGCAACAGAUGUCGUUUUCGAAGCCAAACCGACAGCUUUUUUCUAGAACUUUACAGUCAAUUCCUGAGAGAUGCGUGGGCAUAGCUUGCAAACACCCCAUACCGAAAUAAUACUAUAAUAGUAAAAAGAGAGUAUGAUCAGUCCCUGGCGAGGGUGGUGUAGAUAGUAUAGACAAUACCCAUAUUUCGUGCUCAUUCUUCAUGUGUGCAUAUGUACAUAUUUUUAACCAGAAGCUUAUAACUUUUUCAGGGUUAUAGGCUCCUGAAUUAACUAACGGCAAGGUUACAAGUUUAAACCUCGCAUUACGUGCAGUCGAUUAUUUCAGACUUGAUACGAAGUUUGAGUGCAUUGAAGGGCUUAAACAUCAUUACUCUACCCGAGUCUUCAUUCCUCCAAAUGAACUAGCUCCUUCAAUAUUUCCCAAGUAAAAUCGAAGCUGUUUUGAUCCAGAAACACACAUUUCCUUCGUGUGUGGCUAUUUUGAGCUUUGUUUAGGAUCGUUUCUUUUUCUAGAUAAUUGUAAUUCUGAAUGAAGAAUGAGUCAAGUUCUGAUGAGGCACAGGUAUAGCUCAUUAUUCUAAGUAAAAUAAAUUCUAGCUGGUUAAAACAGUAGAUCAACCAGGGUAAAGAGGGUUAUUCUCGGUUUUCACAUGACGUCACCAAAAUUCAAACUAAGAAACUAUCGAUUCUUCUGAGUUUCUGAGUUUCAUGAGGUAUUACAGCACCUAAACACCUUUAUUUAAACAGAGUUUUGGUUCGAAAGGGUUCUUCGUUUUGCGAUAGAGGACGUUUGAAUUUCUAGGCUUUUGCGUGACGCGGCAUUUAGCUGGCGGCCACAACGGCUCUUAUGUGGGUUAAAAACAUUACCAAUUUUGGGAGAUUUUGCUGUCUAAACAUUCUUUGUCUCAGAAUAAAUAUCACUUUAAUAGUUUAUGAGUUUUUCAAGCGAUGAAUUAACGCAUUAGUAGGAAAAAUCAAAAACAGAUGUUUCUGUUGGUUUCCGGCGGCCAUAUUUGUGCCCCGCAAAGGGACACAAACAUGGCGUCGCCAUACAAAGCUUUGUAAAUUUGGGUAAAACGUUUUUCCUAAUAUCUCGCAUAUGAAAUAUCGCACAGACCUGAUUCUUGGCGAGGCCUUUUGCUUAUUUAUCUUCUUUUAUUUCCUAGAUUCGGGACUUUCUGUAUUGAAUGGUUUGCAAUUUUAUUUUUGAUUGCGUGACAGUGAAAACCGAGAAUAGGACCAAAUCAGCUUCGUCGGCAAGAGAUCUGGGUAAAAGACUAGGUUAGGAUCUUGACAAUAAACCCUAAUAGAGCGUUUUCACUCACUUGGCCUGAUGCAAAUUUAUUGGAACAAACGAAAGCGUUUGCAUAAGAAUAGAGUUCAACUCCCACAGGACUGGUUUGGGACACCAACAUGGCCGCCGUGACGUCACGUGAAAACACUCUAUACUGGUACGUUACCCUUUUUUACAUCAAAAAUACUAUAAACUUUUAUCAAAUGUUCUCAACUAAUUCUUCAAGAAAAUGUAUGGAGAUCAGUCUAAAAUAUAUUUAUAAGGAGUAGGACCUAAAGGGUAAACCUGAGUAAAUUCUAUUUUUUUGUUUGUUUGUUUGUUUGUUUUUUUUUUUGUUUCACAGAACUGAGAUCAGGCAAGGUAGAUGAGCUGCAUUAAAAAAAAUAUCAAGAAGAAUGAAAAAUAUUCGGACUUAGUCUGGGACGUAAACUUAAUCUCACCUCGAUUCAGUUUCGUCUGUGGCGCAAGCUAAUUCUGACUUCAAUUUAAAAUUUCCACAUUUUCCUCUAUCUUGUUAUGAGACAAUAAUUAUGUUCAUAACGCUUUUGCUACUGCACUUUAUCGGUCACCGGUCUCCUAAUGAUCCUCUACUAUCUAAUGGUUCGUUAACGGUAAAUGAUAGAACUGAAUAUGACUGUCACCAAUCGCACUUCUGCAGUGACACCUAUCAAUUUUAAUUAUAGUUCAUUGAACACAGUCUACUUACAAAUUGUCAAGCCAAUCAUCUUGAAGCAUCUAUCCUGCGUUGCAAGCCUAGAGAAUUUUGUUUUUUUAGCUAGAUUUUUUGUCAUAUUACCAGCUUCCAUACCUGACUUCUUGGUUAUUCAACGCGUAUUGAACCUGUCAAUAAUUCAUUUUUGAGUACCGCUUAGCCACAAUUUCAAAACGAGCUAAAUACAGUACAAAGUCCCUCAGUGUUAUGACAAUAUCAUUUCUUUUUUUAUUCUCAUGAAAACGAAACUCAAAGGGUUUACAAUUGGCUCCAUUGUGGAGUGAGGGAUCUUGUAACCUAGAGAUGGCCUAUUUGAUAAGCAGCGACCAACACGUUUUCUAUUGGUCGAUUUAUACGUUAAGUGCGACGAUUUUCGCCCCUUAGCACUUACUUGUAUUUGCUUAUCAGUCGAAUUGCCUUACUGUCAUUUGGUCGAGCCAGCAAAAACGUAUUUACGUAUUGAAGGCUAACUUCUACAACUACAUCUCUAAGGAAUAGUCAUUUCCAUCGAAAGGAAAGAGAAGAAACAUAAAAUAACUUCAAUUACUGGUUUGUCGACGGUCUCGGUUAGAGGUUAUGGUAUACACCUAAACACAGUAACCUUGUCAUACAAAUUAAAGCAAAAAUAAAAAACCUAAAUGCCACAUAGAAACUAAUUUGCCAUGCAAAUCACAUUUGUGCUUGUUUCUUAAUCCUCAAAACAGCUUUGGGGUACGGUAUAAUGCUUCAAUUUGAGCUCUCUAAAGACGUUUUGAGCUUUAUUCUUUCUUUUGACCAGUUCUAUGAAUGAGUUCACUUAAUUCCUUUUUACCUAGCUUCAUUUAAUUCUCUAUUUUCAUUUUUCUAUUACAACUUUAUUGCAAUUAGGUAUACAUGACCAACAUGCAAAUUCAGGUGCCAGGUGCAGUCGCUUUUGUUCCUGAAUAAUACAAUUAUAUUAAGGAUAAAAAAAUCAGCAAAUGUUGCAUUUGAGCCAUCUUAAAUGACAGCGAUUUCCAACGUCAUCUAAGAGGACAUGACUGUGUACUGGUAACAGUUGCCAGAAAGCUGUUGUAAAACAAACCAACAAAAAAACUUCUGUCAUUGAAAAAAUGCUUCAGAACUUCUUUUAUCUCACACUUAUAUUCAUUAUAAGCCAGAGCAAGAUAUCCACAUUACAACCAGCCACUGAAAACAGUUACAUCUUGGUGGGUCAUGUCUAUCAGACGUUGUACGUUGAUGACUGGUUAAACUGCAUUCACGCUUGCCACUAUGAUCCAAGAUGUACUUCAUAUAACUAUAACAAAUCGGCAGCAGCUAAUGGACUAUGUGAAUUGAACGCCUGUGAGCCGCAGGACUUGUGCAAUAUAGAAAAGUUCCUUAUCUACUCGCCCGACUUUAUAUUUCAGAGGAUACGA